UACACCCGGGCUCCCCCACCGCAACACUUGGGGGGGGGGGGGGUGUCCCUAUCCCAGAUUCCCAGGUUCCCAUUCCCGCAUUCCCAUUCCCGGGUGCGUUCUCCUCCCAACCUUCCCGCACUUCUGGGUCCUUCCCGCCGGGAUUUCCCCCCGCCCACACAUGGGGGAAAGUGGGGGGGUUGCGCAAACCCCGAGUCACGUCGCCGCAGACCCGGUUGGGCAAUCGAGGAGGGGGACACGGGGCUGGCACCUGCUCGGGCGUUCGGGCUCAGCCCCAGGCAGGAUUUGCCCCCCCUCCGGGACCCCCCUGUCCUGGGGCGAAGGGAGGUGGCCAAGCCGGGACCCUCCGGCCCUGCUGCCCCGCACUGGGGUGUCCCCAGGGUUGGGGACACGAGCUGAGCCCCUCCCCCUCCGGGGGUCCCUCCGUGGGUGGCCCCUGAGCCCCCCUCCCAGCGCCGGGGGUGACUCAGCGGGCGGUGGCCCCGAAACGGGGCAAAACCCACAAAAAUGCGGUCCGACCACUUCCCCCUGCUGUGACGCCAGGGUCUGGGGGGGGGGGGGCUGGGGCCACCAGAGGGGGGUCCGGGGCUACCAAGGUGGGGACAGGACCACCAGGGUGAGGACGGGACCACCAGGGUGGGGACAGGGUCCCCAGCCUGUCUGGGGUGGGGGUCACGACCCUGACCCUGUCUGGGGGUGCGGGACAUGGAGCAGCCCCCCGGCCCCUCCCGGGGUCCCCCCCCCGGCCCUGCCCCGACGUCAGGCCGUGACUCAGCCCGCAGGAUGUGGCCCCGCGCCCGCCCCGGCCCUUCAUAAGGCGGCGGAGCCGGCGGUAGCCCCACAGCGCCCGACGCCAUGGCGGCCUUCGGCCUCCUCCUCCUCCUCAGCGCCGCCGCGGCGGCCUCGGGGAAGGUCGAGCAGGUGCUACAGGAGAGCCUGGACCUGCAGCCCAUCAACAUCGGGCAAGUGCUGCAGGAGGAGGUGGACCCCGUUCUGCCCCCCGACAUCCUGUUAGGGAGGGCCACGACCGUCUCGGGCCGCCCCCCGACCUGGGGCAGCGCCCUGGACGGGUUCCCCCCGGCCUGGCCCGUGGCCGCCGCCGUGACCCGGCACUGCCGCGACCCCCCCACGGUGCCCCCGCCCCCGAUGCUGCCCCCCAACGCCUUCGCCCACCUGCACCGUCAGGCGGCCGCGCUGGCCGCGCUGCGGCCCCGCAUGAGCGACUGCUGCCGGCAGCACAGCCCGCUGCCCUGCGCCCGCCGAGCCUGGACGGACGUGCUGGACGGGUUCUGCACCGAUGAGUUCGCGGUGAAGACGCGGCAGUUCCACUGCUGCCGCCGGCGCGGGGCCGCGCGGCGCCGCUGCUUCGCCCAGGAGACCCCGACCCCCACCUGGGACCCCAACACCACCUGGGAGCCCAACACCGCCUGGGACCUGCUCACCGAGCCCCCCUUCCCGCCCGGGGAGCCCACGGCCGCCAACUUGGGCAACAUCUGCGGGCUGCGGGAGCUGCGCCCCGGCCCCCCCCCGCCCGACGCCCCCUCCGGGCCCCGCAUCGAGCUGCGGGUCCGCCUGGAGCGAGAGUACGGGCGGUGCUGCCGCAACGAGAGCCUGAGCUGCGCCCACAGCGCCUGGCUGAAGGGGAUGAAUCGGUUCUGCCGGGAGGAGUCGGCGGUGAAGACGAGGCACCACUGGUGCUGCCAGCGCAGGGGUCUCCGGGCCCGGGGCCGCUGCUUCGCCGCCGCCGCCCCCGUCCCCGCCUACGACCGGGAGCUGCACAACGUGAGCCUGGUCCGGCCCGGCCCCGGCCUGCUGCGCUCGCUCUGCGGCCCCACCCGCCUCUUCACGCAGAGGCGGCCCGUGCCGGAGCUUUUUGGGGCCAUGACGGCCGCGUGUUGCCCCCUCGCCCCCGAGGAGCGCGGGGUCUGUGCCCGGGAGCAGCUGUCCCAGGCCAUCGCCACGCUCUGUGCCACCCCCGAGGACGCCUGGCGGGACCCCCAGGGCUGCUGCUCGUGGGAGGAGCCCGAGCGGCGCCGCUGCUUCGACAACGCCUACCUGGACCAGGUGACCCUGGGGGCCGCCGUGGCCCCCCCACCCCCCGGCCAGGACGAGUGAACCCCCCCACCCCCGGCAGGAGUGAGGCAAUAAAGAUGCUGUGUUGUCA